AUGGCAGACCCAAACAUAUUGUUGGGGUCUGCUGAGAACAUCUGGCGAGAGUCCCCUGUCAAAAGGAGUUUCAACUUCCACCUCCGACAGAACUUGGAGGCGGUGGAAAUGGAAUCCAAGUGGGCCAUGCUCCGUUCCUCCAUUGUUGAGGCGGCCAUCCAGAGUUGUGGCCGUAAGGUUGUCGGUGCCUAUCGUGGCGGCAAUGCCCCAACCCGUUGGUGGACACCAGCCGUAAGGGAUGCUGCCAGGCUGAAGAAGGAGUCCUAUCGAGCUUUUGUGCCUCUGGGACUCCAAAGGCAGACAGCCCAAAUGCUUCAGAUUCCAUCCUCCAUCGCCAUCAUGGACAACAACGGCGGUUUCCUCAGCACCCUGACCACGGAGCUCUUCCGAGACACCAGCUGCGUCGAGCCCUUGGUGAUAACCCAACUGGGUCUGGAGCUUCGGACCGACAUCUAUGUGGAGGUGAAGGCCAUCAACCUGACAGGCCAGUACCACGUUCUGCUCGACCGCUGCUAUGCGUCCAUCUGGCCUCUACCGUCCAACUCCAGCUUCUUCAACCUGUUCGUGCCGUGCUCCCAGGACCAGUUCACCACGAUGGGCCAGAAUGGCGAGAGCGAAAACUUCCCUGUGUUCCGCUUUAUCGAGCAGCAGAAACAGACUGUGUCCACGUACUACCUCCACUGCAUCACCCAGCUGUGUGAAAUGAGCACCUGCACCACUUUCAAGCAGUGCAACAACCGCCGCAGGAAGAGGGACGUGGUGGACGUCACACAGCAGUACACCAUCACCUCCCCGAAGCUCAUCACCAGGACGGAGACGGGCGAGUCCAAGCAGGGGAGACCCUGGAGGCCGCCAAAGGAGGUCAAGGCGACGACUCGGAGGUGGGGCUCGGCGUAG